AUAGUUAUGGAGAAAUUCAAUUUUGUAGCAAUGAUUAUAGUCCUGUUGAUGUAUGUUGAAUCAGUAAAAUCAGAAAUUCCUCUAGCACCAGCACUGUAUGUAUUUGGGGAUUCAAUAUUUGACAGUGGAAAUAAUAAUGUUUUGCCAACUUUAGCUAAGGCUGAUUUCAAACCUUAUGGUUCGAAUUUUGAUGGAGGCAGAGCUACUGGAAGAUUUACAAAUGGAAAAACUGUUGCUGAUUUUAUUGCUGAAUUUCUCGGAUUGCCAUUUUCUCCGCCUUAUUUGAGUUUACGAGGAUCGUUAAAACUCACCGGCUUAAAUUAUGCUUCUGGAUCCUGCGGCAUUUUACCUUAUACAGGAAAUUUCAUCGGAAAGUGCCUGCAUUUUUCAGAGCAAGUUGAUUUAUUCCAGAGAACGGUAGAGCGAGAAUUGCCCAGAAAAUUUGAUGAUCCUGAGGAAUUUUCGAGUUAUUUGUCUCGGUCAAUUUUUGUGGUGUCUACAGGCAGCAAUGAUUAUGUAAACAACUAUUUACAGCCAAAUAUUUAUGGGACGAGCAAGCACUAUACUCCUGACUCAUUUGCCAAACUUCUCGUUAAUGCACUUUCUCAACAACUUCAGAGAUUAUAUCGACUAGGAGCAAGAAAGAUAAUAAUGUUCGAGAUAGGACCAAUUGGUUGUAUUCCAUCAUUUACAAAAAAACUUCGACACAAUGGACGUUGCAACGAAGAAUAUAACGCUCUCGCAGUAAUUUUCAACAAUCAGCUGAGUGAAAUGCUCAAAAAUCUCACUUCCACUCUUCAAGGCUCCGUUUUUAUUCUUGGCCAUGGUCAUUGGCUCGGCUACGACGCCAUCAUCAAUCCAUCUACUUAUGGUUUAAUGGAUCCAGCAAGUCCAUGUUGCAUCACUUGGGGAAAUGGGACAUCAGCUUGCAUACCAGAACUUGUGCCGUGCCGCGACGCUGAUAAACACUACUUCUGGGAUGGUUAUCAUCUUACUGAAACAAUAUAUAGUGUUAUUGCUACUAAAUGUUUCAAUGGAACAUCUCUUUGUAUUCCCAAAAAUAUUAGGGAACUUGUGGAAGACUGA